CUUAAACCCUGAGAAGAUCGCGAGUAGAAAAAGGGAAGUCUGGGAGACAUGCGCGGAGCCGGAGCUCCCGAUUUUUUCUAUCGGGAAGCUCAAAGACUAGGAUAUGUCGCUCGAUCUGCCUUCAAGUUGCUUCAAAUACAGAAGCACUAUAAGCUGAUAAAACCCGGUUCAUCGGUUUUGGACCUCGGCUGUGCUCCCGGCGCUUGGCUACAGGUGGCUUGCCAGAGCUUGGGUCCUCUUAAAAACGGAGGCUCGGUUGUGGGCAUUGACCUCAAGAAGGUCAAGGUUCCUCCUCUCCAUUGUGAUUCAAGGGUUAAAACUAUCUGUGCUGAUGUCAUGAGCCUCCCAAAGUACCGAGUUAGAGCCCUGUCUCCACAGCAAAAAGGAUUUGCUGUAAUACUUUCAGACAUGUGUCCACUAGUUUCUGGGAUCACAACUAAAGAUGCUGCUCUGUCUGCUGAGCUAGGCAUGCGAGCAUUGGGCUUGGCUGUUGGCAGAGCUGCACCUGUUCAUUCUGAUUACGUUACUCCGGAGGAGCAAAGUGACAGUUCAUCCAUUUCAGAUGAUAAUGGUGUGUUGCAGAUUGAAGGGCAUCUUGUCAUAAAGCUUUUGGAGAGUGAAGAUGUAAAGGAUAUUAGCCAGAUUUCAAAACCACUUUUUAGAAAGUCAUCAUGGUUGAGGCCUAAAGCUACAAGACCUUCAUCAAGAGAGAUUUAUUUGAUAUGUCAAGGUUUAAAACCCAAAGCUUAACUAUAGAUGAACAUCAUGAGCGGAAUAUGCAAUCCCAACAACUUUGAAGUGGGAGCCCCUCAACUUAAAAUUCGUUGUGCAGUGCAAUGGGCAUCUGUAAGUAAUGCUUGCACUAGUCCGAUUUUGAUGUUACAGUGCCGGCAUGUUACUUAGUAUCUUACACUUGGGGCAUUAGAAAUUUAGAACUGUCAUAAGGAGGAAGACUAGUAUUAGAAUUUCUUUUUUGGUUGGGUCAACGUAAGUAUUGGAAUUGGAAUUACUAUAAUUGCUUGGGUGGUUAAUAGCUUAGACUAAGGCUUCGCAAAUCAUAUCUUGCAAUAUCUGUGUUCAGUA